AUGCUGUAUUUCUCAUUCAACAUAGCCGAGUCCCUGCUCUUGCUGGUGUACACACUCCUUGGCUACAUAGGCAUCAAGAUCAUUUAUCGUCUAUACUUCUCUCCACUGGCCGGGUUUCCAGGUCCAAAAUUGGCAGCAGCAACCAGUCUCUAUGAGUUUUAUUUCGACGUUGUGAAAGGAGGCCAGUUCAUGUUUGAGCUUGACCGUUUACACGACAAAUACGGCCCUGUCCUCCGCAUCAACCCUCACGAGAUACACAUCAAAGAUCCUAGCUUUUACGACACUGCCUACGGCGGGCCAAUGAAUAAAAGAGACAGGGUGACUUCCUUCAUUCACUCUGGACUGCCCCGGGCAACCUUCGAGGUUGCGCCACACGGUCUUCAUCGAGAGCGGAGGAAAUUAUUGAGCCCUUUCCUUUCAACACAAUCGGUUAAUGGCCUCCAGCCUGUCAUUCAGGAGAAGGUGGACCUCAUAUGUAGCCACCUGUCGAGAAGGGUUGGCACAGGAGAGUUUCUGGACUUGCACUCUAUGUCUGCUUCUUUCGCCGCAGACGUGAUGUCUACAUACGUGCUUGGCCGCGAGCAUUGUUAUGGAUACUUGGACAAGUCGGAGAUAACAGAUGAAUGGAAGAAAAAUAUUACCAGCGUCUUUGAGGGGCUGAUUCUUCUCAGGCAUCUUCCCUUCAUAUUCGACCCAGCACGCAGGUUUCCGAAGAUUGCCACCUGGUUGUUUCCCACCUUUUAUUUUGUUCAUCGAUUUGAAACGAAAACCCUCCAAAGUGUGAAAGCUGUGUACACAAAGCCAGAGGGGAAGUCGAUGAUAUCAACUAUUCUAUCCAACGAAAAACUCCCUAAUGAGGAAAAAGAACUCGAACGCCUCGAACAAGAAAUGCACUUUGUGAUACUUGCUGGGACCGAUGCUCCGUCCCAAGUAAUGGCAAUCACUCUGUUCCAUAUUCUUUGGAAUCCAAAAGCACAUCAAAAACUCAAAGACGAGCUAGAUGAGGCUUUCCCCGACCUGUCCGACGCUGACUGGAGUAAGUUGAAAAGUCUUCCCUAUCUGCCGUGCAAGUCUGCCGUGUUGAAAGAGGGUCUACGACUUUCUGCCGUUGUGACAACAAGGCUUCCGCGUAGUGCACCAGAUGAGGCUUUAAAGUACGGAAAAUGGACCAUUCCACCCGGGACUCCUAUCAGCAUGACCAGCCGUUCCAUUCUACACAGCCCCCAAAUCUAUGCCGAGCCGAUGAAAUUCAUCCCAGAACGAUGGAUGGGCCCUCCUGAGGAAGUCCGUGUGCUGGAUAGAUACCUCGUUCCAUUUGCGAAGGGCAAUUCGAGUUGCAUGGGUCAAAGCAUGACCUACUCGUGGUUAUACGCAGUGAUCGGCACAGUGGUACGCAAAUUCCAAUUGGAACUCCACGAAACUGACGAAAAGAAUGUUGAUAUUGUUCGAGACUGUUUCAAUGGACAGACAGUCCCGGGGCUCAAUGUGCUUAAUGUCAAGGUCGCCAAAGAGUUCACCUAG